AUGGCAGAUAAUCCCCAUCGACAAAAACAUCCAGCAUUUGAAAGAUUUAACAAAAUAAUGGUUUCAACGGAAAAAAACGAUCCGAUUAUUAACACAGUUAAUCUUUCUGGCUUCGAAAUGGAUGAUAGUACCACAAAUCGUUUUUGUGAAGCAAUGAACCGAAAUUACUUUAUAUCUAAAAUUAUACUAUGCAAAAAUAGUUUAUCUACUCAUUCUUGCAUGCAAAUUUUUGAUCUUUUGAAAUCAAAUCCAAAAAUUAUUUAUCUUGAAAUCUCAGAUAAUUGUGUUAACGAUUCUUCUCUAGAAUAUCUUUCUACAAUUCUCAUUUCUCUUCCUUCAAUUCGCGAUCCUAUAACGUUAAUUUUAAGAAAAAACGAAUUUACUCAGUAUGGAGCUAAAUCAAUUGCACGGUUUAUCAGCUUAAAUGCACCAGUAUCAUGGCUUGACUUACGUGGCAAUUCUCAAAUUACGGAUGAAGGAAUCCAAUUAAUUGCUCGCUCUCUAGAGACAAAUACAAUAUUAUCACUACUAGAUUUAAUAAAAUGUGGCUGCGGGAAGGACGGAGCAGCUGCUAUAUCAGAUUCUCUUACAAAAAAUCGAUCCUUAAAAACACUUCUUCUUCAAGAUAAAUUUGAGGAUCCAGCAAUUAGUUCGCUUGGUACGCUUCUAUCAAAUCCACUUUGCAGUUUAGAGCAAUUAUAUUUAUGGAAAUGCAAUCUUACCACUCCAUUACUUGAAAAGCUUUGCGACUCACUGAAAACAAAUCAUUCUUUAGUAACUUUAGCUCUCUCAUAUAAUGGUUUUGAAGAUGAAACUGUUUUUGCGCUAUCCAAAAUGAUUUAUUCCAACACAUCCAUUAAAAAAUUGCAUCUUGGCUCAAAUAACUUCAGUUGUGCAUCAGCAGGAUUCCUUUCAAUUGCUAUUUCACAAAAUAAAACUCUCGAAAAUUUAGAUUUAUCAAGAAAUUUUCUCAAUUCAAACGGAUUAUGGCCAAUUGCAGUUGCUUUAGAAUCCAAUUCUCAUAUACAGUAUCUUGAUAUCCGUGAUAAUAACAUUGAUGCUUCUGGAGCAGUUCUCAUUUCGGAUCUUUUUCUUCAUAAUAAAUCUAUUACCACGGUGAGGCUCUCCCGCAAUAUGUUUGGUGAUGCAGCAGUAGCAUUGCUUUCCGGAACAUUCAGAUCUAACAGCACCCUCAGAGAUGUCGAACUUGAUGAUGUGAUGAUGACUUCUAGAGGAUUUAUUGCUUUAUGCAGUGCUUUGUCACAAAAUAAAGCAAUAGAGAGAAUUUCUGUAUCGCAAAAUCGAUUAUGCGUGAAAGCGAUGAGAGCAUUUAAAGAUCUUUUAGCCAUCACAAAAACUUUGGCCUCAGUUUCACUUAGUCAUUGCAAUAUUGAUGAUAGCUGCUGUUUGCAAAUCGCAGAGGGACUUUCGCUGAAUUCUUCAUUAAGAUCCAUUGAUAUUUCGAAUAAUAUAUAUACUGUAGCUGGACUAAGCGUAAUUGCUGAUUCAAUUAUGAAUAAUUAUACACUUUGCAGAAUUGACUAUUUUGGGUGUAAUAUCGAGGGAGAUGAUUUUGCAAAAAGUGUCGGAGGAAGAAUUUCUGACUGCAUAGAAAGAAAUGAUUAUUAUAAUCAUAAUAUUACAAUGAAAGAAAUGGGGCUAUUGGCUACAUGCGAAGAACUAUGCUCUUAUUGA